GUGACUUGUGUGUGUUGUUGUUGCCUAUAGCUCAAAAAUUGAGGUUUCUUAUUAAAUUCAGAUAAAAUUUGCUUGUUUACAAAUUUAUUAUUAUUACUUACUUUUAAUUUUUAAAUGGUGAAGUGAUUAAAUCGGCAGCUAAUGUGAUUAUCUUAAUUUAAUUUACGAGUAAAUGAAAGAGUUACUUAGGAAUUUCUGAGUAGGUUGAUAAAUUAGUAUUCAAUUUGUGUUCUUUACGUAUACAACACAACAGACACUACCUGACCAAAGGUUCGUUGUUUUUAUCUUUUAUUAUACAUCCUUAUCGACGAUUGUUGUCAUAUUAUUACCUUAAAGCGAUAUGUACUUACAUGAAAAUCAAUGGAAAGUGCUUUGAUGCAACGUUUUAAUUUUCAAGUGUUAAAAUAAAGAGAAACUACUAUCAAUUUCCCUAUUUUAUCUAAUAAAAUAGAUUUCGUAUUUCAGGUCAUAGUAUCAUUAAAAAUGUUUUCUAAGAAAAAAAAGAAGCCACUUAUUUCACCACCAAGUAAUUUCGAGCAUCGAGUUCAUACAGGAUUUGAUAAAAGAGAAGGAAAGUUUGUGGGUUUACCAUUGCAAUGGGCAUCUCUUGUUGGCAAUAAUCAGAUAUUAAAGUCAACUAACAGACCUUUGCCUUUAGUUGAUCCAUCAGAAAUAACACCUACAGAAAUAUUAGACUUAAAAACUGUUGUAAGAGGUGACCAUAAAGUAACCACUGUAUCUUCAAUUAGUCGACCUGUAUCAGCAAAUGUGCCCAGAAUACCAGUUCAGAAUGGUGUUAUAUUGCCAAAGACAUCAAACGUUGCAAGGUCUAAUUCACUAAGAAGUUCAAGUCCUCCUAGGAUUCGGAGAGAAUUAAGGAAUCAGGCCAAUGUACCACCGGCAGUGCCUGAAGAGUCUCCACCGGUGCCACCAGCUCCUCAACAGUAUCCCAGCAUACAGAGAGAGCAAAGUACAUACAGUAUGAACAAACAGAUACCUGAAUCGCCAGUUGAUUGGUCUCAACAUUCUCACGAAGCUAUGGUUAGAGCUAUCCCAGAGAUGAAUGACAAUCAUCGUGUUACAAUGAUGUAUCAAAAUAUGCAGAAUGCUAACGUGCCUUAUCAACAUAAUCAUCCGCCUCAACCAAUGGUUCAUGGUAUGCAUCAAGGGCUCAAUGGAAAUAAUGUUAUUAUGAAUGAGAAUUACCCUAUGCCGAGACACCAGCACAAUAUCGCAACACCUGCAGCACCACAUUUGCCAUUGGCUGCAUCGAAACAUGAAUUGCGACUAACUCAUGAACAGUUCCGUGCGGCUCUCUGUUUGGUGGUGAGCGAAGGUGAUCCUCGCGCAUCUCUCACUGGCUUCAGCAAGAUCGGUGAAGGCAGCACGGGCGUCGUGUGUGCAGCCACCGAAAAGGAGACAGGUCGUCGGGUCGCCGUCAAGAUGAUGAACUUGAGGAAGCAGCAGCGACGCGAGCUCCUGUUCAACGAAGUGGUGAUAAUGCGCGACUAUCCACACCCUAAUAUAGUGGAAAUGCACGCUUCUUACCUGGUCGGUGACGAAUUGUGGGUGGUUAUGGAGUACAUGGCCGGUGGUGCGUUGACUGACAUAGUGACCAGGCACGCGGCACGUAUGGAACCAGAGCAGAUUGCUACUGUAUGCAAACAAUGUUUAAAGGCAUUGGCAUUUUUGCAUGCUCAAGGCGUGAUUCACAGAGACAUUAAGUCUGACUCUAUAUUGAUGACGGGUGAUGGUCGCGUGAAAUUAUCAGACUUCGGUUUUUGUGCUCAAGUGUCGCAGGAACUGCCAAAGCGUAAAUCCCUUGUGGGCACACCGUAUUGGAUGUCGCCAGAGGUUAUAUCGAGGUUGCCAUAUGGACCUGAGGUCGAUGUGUGGUCUCUAGGGAUCAUGGUUGUUGAAAUGGUGGACGGGGAACCGCCUUUCUUUAAUGAACCACCACUACAGGCAAUGCGUCGUAUCCGCGAUAUGCCGCCGCCUCGUCCCAGAUGCGCGUCCCGCUGCCCCCCGGACCUAAUAUCAUUCAUAGAGUGCGCUCUAGUUAGAGAUCCCGCACAGAGACAGUCGGCAUCGAGAUUGUUGCACCAUCCGUUCUUAAGAAGAGCCGGCCCCCCUGCUCUAUUAGUGCCGCUUAUGCCGCCAACUGAAACGCAGCGUUGAGUAAGUUGAAUUGUUUUUUCCACGUAACAGGUUAUUCUACUCUUUAAAAGUACUUUAAAAAACAAGUUUUUAUAUAUUUGAUAUAAAAUCGAAAUUAAAAUUUUGUUAAUACACGUGAAAACGCAGCCGCCAUUUUCAUGACGUCAUUUCGAUAUGUAUACAAAACAUAGAAUAUUUAAUGAAUAAAAGAAGUCAAUUACGCUAGAAAAGUAUCAAAAGUACGUUAUAGGUGUACAAGUCAAAGGGUAAAUGUUAUGAAUAUGCAUUGAAAUCU